AAUGAAGCAACUGAAGCCGGGUUCAAAGUGUUCCGAAGUCGGGAAGUAUUUCACUCAAAACAGAAAAUCAACAGUCUAUCGCAGAUAGACAAACACUUGGUUUACCUGCUGCAGCAUGGAUAGAGAGAUACUUUCGCAUCUACAAUCGACGUGAAAAAAGGUAAACAAAAGUCAAGACUCAAUGUGGAUACGAGUGUAUUUGAGGCCAGUGCUAUUGUUUGAGCGCUGAGUGGUUGGUAACAGCGAGCGAUCGAGACAUUUUUAGCCAGUAACGAGUUGGUUGUGGCUCAAAGCGCUUCGAAAAUCACUAAGCAGCGACGUCUAUAAUUUAAAAACGGAGAAAACUCACAUUUUUUGGUGUAAAAAUUACAUAAAUUUAUAUGAAUAUUGAGUGUUCGUAAAUUCAAAAAAAACGCAUGUAAUAAUGUGGCAAAAUAACAAGGAAUCUUAGAAAAAAUGCUGUAAAACUUGGCAGAGAUAAACUCGUUUGCACCAAUACACACAUGUGUAUGUAUAUAAGGGCAACAACAAAUACUCAGACUCCAGAAGCCAACAAUUAAAAGAGAAGUUAGUCAGUUGGCGUCUCGGUUGCGUUAUUGGCAUAUGAAUCAUACUUCGAAAACGUUUAAAAAUAACAAAAAAAGUUAUACCAGUGCUUAUGUAAACUGUAAUCAGCCACAACGGAAAUCACACGCAAAACACCUAUAAACCAGUGAAUAAAUAUAACAAUAAAAACUCUAAUGUCGGUCAGAAGAAUGCGUGCCGUUUCGGUCUCCAUUGGCGGCCUUCCGUUGAUACCAAGUUUUUCCUUGGUAGCAGCGGCAAAGGAUUGCAAUGGAGGGACCUGCCAUCCGGUGACCGAAUAUUGCAACGCCGUCUCGGAGGCCUGUCAGCCGUGCAGUUGGGUCUGCGAUAACACAACUCACAACUACGAUGUCAACUUGUGCGACAUGCACUGUUCCGCUUUCAAGUUGUUUGUGCCUCUUAAGGCGGAGGUGCUGGACAUCCAGAAAACCCAGCAUCUCAUCCUUCUGCUGCUGACCAUCCUUCUCGUCCUGAUCGCCGUUCGUUUUGCGUUCCAGUGCCUUCGAUUUCUGAUGUGCAACCGAUGCGUCCAGAAACAGUUACGUCGGUUGCAAGCGAAGGCCUUUCCGCAUCCAGUGACUGCGAAUGGAAAGGACCUCAAUGCCACCACCAUACAGAAUCUGAGUGCCAUCAAUCGGCAUGGCAGAGACCUUGAACGGGCGCAAUCGCAGAUCUACAGUGUGGCAGGUAAGUGUGCCGCCGAGGGUUCCGUUGUGACCAUGACGACGCCGGUGAGCACUCGCUAUCCGGCGGAAAACAGCACCACGCCCACCACGGUUAUGACGGAGAUCGGAUAUGGAUACGAUAAUCAGGCUAUGGUCGUAACGCCGAUUAAUGAGAAACCCUCAACGGCGACAGUUGUGCCCGCUUUCUAAAGCCAUGUACUUAAAAACAAACUCUUUAACUUAAAUCAGUCCAGCGAAAGCAAAAUGUGCACCACAUUGAAACUAGUGAUAUCCUGGUAAAUUAUUAGGUAAAAACUCUUCUUUUGAUAUUUAAUACACAAUAACUUGUCUAGUUUGUAAGCUUAAUUUAUAUACGUAUCAGUAUAUAUUUGUAUAUCUUUAAUCGUGGUUAUAAGUAUCAUUUAUCUUGUAUUUUUAUAUGAAAACCACUGCGGCAUGAAAUACUUAAGUAACUACAAUCUGUAUAAAAUGCAUUACUAAUAUAAGAAACACAUCCAAACGAUAAGUUGACAUUUAGUCACGUUAAAUGUCACAUUAGAAUCGCCGAAUAUUUCCACUUGCUCCAAACUUAAUUUAAAAUGAUUUAUGAAUGAAAUUUUUUUCGCUUCCUCAGUCUUAUCAGCGCGAAAUAUACUAAAUAAAAUGGUUCGCAAAACGCAGUCUCGUAGCGUGCGGGCUGACAAUAAUAAAUAAUUUCAAUUAUUAUACCCGUUACUCGUAGAGUAAAAGGGUAUAUUGUAUUCGUGCAAAAG